UCAUUAGACGCCUUCAGAGGUCUAUUAUAAAAAUAAUUGAUAUUAUGCUUUUAUAGUGUAAAAAGCAUUCGUUAAACACUCACUAAUUUUAGUAAAGCAUAUUUUUGUUUAGCAGUAUUUAUUUAGCAUUGAAAAAUAUACUCGUAUAAAAAUUAAAUUAUUUAAAUACUACAAAAAUGCAUUCGCUCCGUUAUGCUCGCGCAUAUACUCCAACAUUUUUGCGAGCCUUUACUGCAGCCAUGAUGAAUAACAAUGGGAUGGCUACAAAAAUUCGUGCUGGUCCCGUUGUUGACAUUCUCGGCGAUGAAAUGACUCGCAUCAUUUGGUCGUCGAUUAAGGACAAGUUAAUCCUACCUUUCCUCGACAUCGAAUUGCACACAUACGAUCUCGGCAUGGAGAAUCGCGACAAAACCGAUGAUAAAGUCACCGUCGAUUGCGCGGAAGCGAUUAAGAAAUACAAUGUUGGUAUUAAGUGCGCAACUAUCACGCCUGAUGAGAAGCGCGUGGAAGAGUUUAAACUGAAGAAAAUGUGGAAAUCACCCAAUGGUACUAUUCGUAACAUUCUCGGCGGCACAGUGUUCCGUGAAGCGAUCGUUUGUAAGAAUAUUCCACGCCUGGUUUCGGGUUGGGAGAAACCCAUUGUCAUCGGUCGUCAUGCGCACGGUGAUCAAUAUAAGGCUACAGAUUUUGUGGUGCCCGGCCCUGGCACAUUGACACUGACUUUCAAGCCCGCCGAAGGCAACGAAACCAUUUCUCAUGAAGUAUACCAAUACAAAGGCUCCGGCGUCGCAAUGGGCAUGUUUAAUACCGACGAUUCGAUCGUUGAUUUUGCGCACGCUUCCAUGAAGUAUGCUCUCGCAAGAAAAUUGCCGCUCUACUUGAGUACCAAAAACACCAUUCUGAAGAAGUACGAUGGUCGCUUCAAAGACAUAUUUCAAGAAAUCUACGACAAAGAGUACAAGAAAGAUUUUGAGGCUCAAAACAUCUGGUAUGAGCAUCGUCUAAUCGACGAUAUGGUCGCUUAUUGUAUGAAAUCCGAAGGUGGCUUUGUGUGGGCCUGUAAGAACUAUGAUGGUGAUGUACAAUCGGAUUCGGUUGCACAAGGUUUCGGCUCGUUGGGUUUGAUGACAUCAGUGCUGAUCUGCCCGGACGGCAAGACAGUCGAGUCAGAGGCGGCACAUGGUACUGUUACACGUCACUACCGUAUGUAUCAGCAAGGCAAAGAGACAUCAACCAAUCCCAUUGCAUCGAUUUUCGCCUGGACACGUGGUCUAUUGCAUCGCGCAGAAUUGGACAAAAACGAGAGCUUGAAAAAGUUCGCCGAAACGCUGGAGAAGGUGUGCGUUGACACCAUCGAAUCGGGUAGCAUGACCAAGGAUUUGGCUAUUUGUAUCAAGGGCAUGAACAAAGUGCAACGUAGCGACUACUUAGAAACAUUCGAAUUCAUGGAUAAGCUAGCUGAAAAUCUGCAAAAGGCACUUGGGCAAUGACUUUACAAGCGCAAGGCGCGCAUUGCAAAUAAUGAAGGCAACCGUUCGCAUUUGUGAGAUGCAAGUGAUGGUAUUACUGAAGUUAGAUGUUAUACAUUAGAGCAGGGUACCCAGUGUAUGAUCCAUUGUUCACAUAAGCAAAUUGUUUAUAAAUUUAUGUACACCUACAAUAAAGGCUUUUAUAUUUGGUAUUGUGUGUA